AUGAUUACUAGCGCGCAAGACGAAAUGCGAUGGUACGCGACCGUGCUGCAUGAGAUGUACUCGGUCUGGUCUCUUACCACGGCCGAGCCGCGAGCCUUCGAGUGCGACCAGCUGGUACAGUGGAUGCUGGAAGAUCGAGUCGCGAGUCCAGUCAGCGGCCGAGCGGCCAACCGCACACAACUCCUGGCCAAAUACCUCGAAGACCGGUUUCCAGAUCCAACCCCUGCGGCCCCAGCUAUCGGACAUAUGGCGCGCACAUCGCUGCCGCAUCUCUGGGCCAGUAUGAAUCUCUCGACACCGCUAAUCCGGUACGCGAUCGAGAGUAUAUGCCUCACGCAUCUGGCGGGCAGGUCAAAGCAAAGCGAUGCCAUUGCGCUGGCCUCUAGAUCCCGUGGCCAGAUUCUGGCGAUGCUGCACCAUGCUGUUGCCACUCAUGACAGUGACAAGCCCAUCGAGAGCUCGCAGACCAUCAUCAUGGUCAUCAUGUUGAUCAGCAUCAUGCCUGCAAUCCCAGGCGAUUCGGAAGUCUUCCUCCGCCAAUCCGCUGUUCAUCUUGAGGGAGCGAUCCAGUUCAUGGCCAAGUACGGGCCAGCCGUGCUCGGCAGCGGGAGGACUGAAAUGAACGACGUCCUCCUGCGACAGCUGCAAUUCCAAGCGAAUGUCGUUUCCAUCGCCCGUCGUCAAGAGAUGAUCUUUGAAAAGCCAUCGUGGGCAAAGGUGCCUCGUAUGUUGCUGAAUGAGGACACAGCAAUUUACCAGGUCACUGGCUGGUUACCACCCAAGACUGAAAAGCGGGUGGAAUGGUGGCACGCCCAGCCAGGCUCUUUAGAGCGCAUCCCCACCGCCGUGCCUGAGCGCAACAUUCCCCGAGAUUUAUUCGGCUCUCUGCCCGGCCUUUGUCGUAUGGCCGACGAGUUCGUUGCUGAAGAAGGGACAGUGACGCCAGAGCGCUUAGAGGACCUGGCUUCCCUCGUGCGCCACACAAACUUCAUCCAGAAGUACUGCAUUCGUGCGGCAGUGUACGACAGCGAAGCCGCGGCCUGCGGUCCGAUGAUUCGCAACACCCAUCUCGACUCCUUCGACAUGUCGCUCGAAGAACACCGAUAUCUCCUGCGCACCUCUUUCGUCCGAGAGCAUUACCAGUUCAAGAGUCCUCAGUACGGAUUCAACAGCGCCAUCACUCGCCACGGAAGUCUGAACAACGACUGCGCCCUUCUAAAAAUUAUCUGCCGCGGCAUGGACCACCACGGUCUGGCAGCGGACUGGACGGGCGUGUCAAAAGCCGAGGUGGAGCAUAGAGCAUACCUCUCCGCGUACGAGAGCUGCCAGCACGUCCACUUUUACAGCCAGCGGCCGCUCACGGCCGUCAAGUUCCUGUACGCAUUUGUCUACACGGCAAGAUCCUUCUUCCACUCUGCCGGAGUCGAGGAGGAGACCAGGUGGUGCGAUGGGUGUCUCGAGGCGAUAUCGGCGCAUGUUCGCCGGCUGGAGAUGGUCACUUCUUCGCUUUGCCCAAUGGUCGAGACGUUUUUCAAGACUUCGGAAGCCUCGCGGUAUGAUUCCGAGGAGAAUAAGCCAUCGACGGACCCUCUACCGUAUUGCCGACCUUAG